AUGCCGCCCUACGACAGCGAGUCGUCCGACGACGAGGGCGAAGACUACACCGAGACGAAUGUGCUGCUGGGCUAUGCGACGCAGGACGCUGCCACGGGCGACGCCGUGUCCCAUCUCGGCGGCGCGCCCUCCUGGAUGGACGACAAGACAGCGCCUGCGGGUGACCUGGCCAAGUGCAAAGUGUGCCAUGGCCUCCUUAGCCUGCUCCUCGAGCUCAACGGCGACCUGCCCGACCACUUCCCGGGCCACGACCGCCGUCUGUACAUCUGGAGCUGCCGGCGGAAGACGUGCAGGCGCAAGGCAGGCAGCGUGAGGGGCAUACGCGGCGUGCGCAUUGCACAGGGCGCGGCCAUCAGGGCAGCCAGAGGCGCAAAGGGCGAGACCAAGGCAGUCAAGCACGAGGAAAGCCCACAGCCCAGGAUUGGCGAGUCCCUCUUUGGAGUCAACAAUGGCGGACGCACAGCAGCGCCUGCAAACCCCUUUGCCAAUCCCUUCUCCUCCUCCAAGUCGCCAAACCCCUUCUCCUCCUCACAGACAGCCCAAGUCGCGUCGCCCGAGGAGACGCCAGACGAGGCAUCAACAACACUCCCCGAAACCUUUGCCUCAAAGGCCCGCCUCUCAUCGCCACCUCCUUCCGAACUGCCUCCGCGUCCGCACGAGCCAUGGCCAGCAGCGUCGUCGUUCCCUGCGCCCUACCCACUCUACCACCUCGACGCCGAAUACGAGACACUGGACGCGCCGUCCGCGCCGCACAUCCCAGAGAGUGCGCGCAUGGACAUGGAUGCAGAGGGCAGUGCGAGCGGUGGUGCAAAGGAAGACAAGGACGUGUACGAGAGCUCGCUUGACAAGACCUUCCAGAAGUUUGCAGAUCGAAUAGGCGAGAAUCCCGAGCAGGUGCUGCGUUACGAGUUCAAGGGCAAGCCGUUGCUCUACAGCGAUCACGACGCUAUCGGCAAGCUCCUAGCACAUCACUCAGAAAACGCCCCGUCUUCCAACGCAAAGGUCACAACCGUCGGCUCAAGAGCAGGAGCUGCCGUGCCGCCAUGUCAGACUUGCGGCGCCGAGAGAGUGUUCGAGGUUCAGCUGACGCCCCAUGCUAUCACCGAGCUGGAAGCUGAUGAAAUGAGCCUCGAUGGCAUGGAAUGGGGUACCAUCCUCCUGGCCGUGUGCAGUAAAGACUGCAAGCCCAGCGACGUCUCCGAAGGCGAGGUAGGAUAUGUCGAGGAAUGGGUUGGCGUGCAGUGGGAGGAAGUCGCAUCGAAGAAAUAG